AUGGGGUCAGACCAACCCCAAACAGCCAACAAUGGCGCCGGCAUCAAUGCAGAUAUCCAGGAGCGUUUAUAUGUCCUGCAGCUAAUGAUUGAGAGGCAGCAGCAACAGAUCGAAAACCUACAAGAAAUAGUCUCCGGUUUACAACUCGAAAACUUACAGUACCGAUUUUCAGAGUUGAGAGGGGCGAACUCGGAUGAUAUCACGUUGUACAACGACUUGGAGCAGCGCAUCGUAGAGCAGGACCGUGAGAUCUCGGGCGCUUAUGAGGAGCAACUUCGCCAGCGGGCAUUUGAGCUAGAUACACUUAACAAUCAGAGCCGUCAUUCCUCUUCGUCCCGGAAGUUGAUCGACACGAACUAUGUCACCCACGAAGCCAACAUCAAGUUAGACAUGGAAGCUGUCACAUACUUGGAAGACCAGAAUCCGCAUAGAAUAGCCCGGGUAACAGGAGGGUUCGAAAAGCGAUACGGCAUUUUGGUAACCGACUAUUAUGAAUUCGGAUUCUGCGAUGCGCCGGACGCAGUUAUCAAUGCUCUAAACAAGAAGAGUGACUUGGAACACUUGCCUCGCUAUCGGAACUGCGGUGGUGAUGAUUUUAAACUGAGAACUAUUGGAAUUUGUGAGUCAAUCAUUCAUCAGUGGAAGACAUACAAUACGCCCUCUGUUGAAAUAUUUGAUUUUUCUAUUGCGCAUACAGAGAGACUGGUUGAGCAGGUCAACGAUAUGAUUGAAAUCUUGGAUGAUGAAAUCCAGGACUCCUCAUCGGAUGAUACUGAUCUCUCGGAUGAAUGUUCUAUCAUUUGA